GUUACAAACGGGAAAUGGUGAGUCAAUGACAAGCUACCGGCUGCUGUUAAUGUGUCCGAUAGACCGAAGGAGAUUUUAUCAUCUGUAAUACUGAAAGAUUUGCAACAGAUUAUUUACUGCAGCCCGAACACGAAGAAGAGAAGAAACUCUGGAGUCAAUCACAGGGCAAAACUAAACGUUAACGUCUUAGAAAGAAACAGCAGCUUUGCAUCAUGGCCAGGUAGCUGCACGCUGAGUGAUGGGGGUUUUCAGGCAGCUCUUUCUCCUGCUCUGGAAGAACAUCACAUACCGCAGGAGGAACAAGAUCCAGCUGAUCAUUGAGCUCCUCUGGCCGCUCUUCCUCUUUGUCAUCCUCAUCUCUGUCCGUCAUUCACACCCUCCUUACAAACAGAGCCAAUGCCACUUUCCAAACAAAGCCUUGCCAUCAGCAGGCACCUUGCCCUGGAUUCAGGGCAUAAUCUGCAACAUCAACAACCCCUGCUUCCACAGUCCGACACCGGGAGAGACAGCGGGCCAAGUUGGCAACUUUGACAACUCCAUACUGUCCCGUCUAUUUGUGGACGCCCAGACUGUUCUAUCCUACAGUGGAAACCGGAGCUUCUCAGGCUUUCAGGACCUGAUCAAGAGUGUCCGAAGGCUUGGAGAGAGACCUGGAGCCUGGCCAAAUCUCCGUGUGGAGGAUUACCUGAGACCCAAUGAGACGUUUUCCUCCUUCCUUCUGACCAAUAGCAGCCUGUCCCCUGUGACUGUGGACCAGCUGCUUAAGGCCCGUCUUAAUUUUCAGGUUGCUGUGACUGGAGCUCAGCUGCAGCUGAAGGACCUGGUGUGUAACGCAAGCAUGUUGAGACAGUUUCUGACCGUGGACGGAGGAGAAGCAACCAUGAAUAGCCUCCAGACUCAGCUGUGUAACCUGCCUGCUGACGUCCUGCAGGAGGCUGAAAGGCGUUUCCUUACACAUCUCGACUUUACCAAAUUCUUCACGAGAGACCGUCUGAUGGCUAAUGCUGGAGACCUAAGAGUCAUCAGUCAAGCUGCCACCUCGGUUUCCCAGGAGCUGACUGUCCUGAUAGACAAUUUCUCCUCUCUCUCCAGCUUUGAGGACAUGAACGAGGCUCUUCGUUUCCUUUCUCCAGAGAAUCGCUCGACGCUGCCCAGGGAGAGUUUUCGUGCUUUUUCAAGGAUCAUGUGCGGCCACCCUGAGGUUGGCGGUGAGCGCAUCCCAUCACUGAACUGGUAUGAAGACAAUGACAUCAAGUCCUUCUUGGGAAAAAACGGCACUGAAGACACAGACCUGGACAGUGACAACAGCACCACUCCCUUCUGUAAAAGUUUGAUCCAAGGUCUGGAGUCCAACCCUCUGUCUCGAAUUGUGUGGAGAGGAAUUAAACCUCUGUUUAUCGGAAAGCUGCUGUACACACCAGACACUCCCGCAGUACAACAAGUCAUGAAAGAGGUGAACAAGACAUUCGAGGACCUUCUUAUCCUCCAGGAGCUGAAUGACGCCUGGAUAGAGGUGGGACCAAGAAUCAAGAAUUACAUGGAGACAAGUGUGGAGAUUCAGCUCCUGCAGGAUUUGUUGAAGCGGCCAGAGGUAGCAAUACUGGUCAACCUGCGUCUGGAGAACACGUCCUGGACAGCCUCAAGGAUCGCACGUUUCCUGUCGACACCCUCGACAGACGUCCCGCGGAAGCCCGGAGCGCCACCUACCUGGCUGAACAUCUACAACGACGUCAGCCACACCAUCACCACUCUCGCACAAGUCUCUGAGUGUUUCUCUCUGAACAAGUUGGAGGGGUUGCAGACGGAGGGUGAGAUGAUUGACAGGGCUUUGGAGCUACUGGAGGACAGGCAGUUUUGGGCGGGUGUGGUGUUCUUGCUGCCAAACGCCUCGUCCCCUGACCUCCCGCCGCACGUCACCUACAAGAUCCGCAUGGACAUUGAUGAUGUGGCCCGGACCAACAAGAUCAAGGACAGGUUUUGGGAUCCUGGCCCAGCAGCAGACCCAUUUAAUGACAUGCGCUACAUUUGGGGCGGCUUUGUCUAUGUCCAAGACCUGGUGGAGAGAGCUGUGAACCGAAUACUGACUGGAGUUCAACAAACAACAGGCCUUUACAUACAACAGAUGCCCUACCCCUGCUAUGUGGACGAUGUUUUCCUUCGAGUACUGAACCGCUCUCUGCCCCUCUUCAUGACUCUGGCCUGGAUCUACUCGGUGGCCAUGAUAAUUAAAGGUGUGGUGUAUGAGAAGGAGGCCAGGCUGAAGGAAACCAUGAGGAUUAUGGGUCUUGGAACAGGGACGCUGUGGCUCAGCUGGUUCAUCAGCAGCAUUGUUCCCUUUCUGAUGUCUGCUGGGCUCCUUAUCGCUCUUCUCAAGUGGGGUGACAUCCUGCCAUACAGCAACCCGUCAGUUGUUUUUUUCUUCCUGACGGCGUUUGCCACUGCCACCAUUAUGCAGUGUUUCCUCAUCAGCACCUUCUUUUCCAAAGCCAACCUAGCUGCUGCUUGUGGAGGGCUCAUUUACUUUGGCCUCUACCUGCCAUACGUACUGUGUGUGGCAUGGAGAGACCACCUCAACACCACACACAGAAUCCUCGCUAGUUUCCUUUCCCCCGUGGCCUUUGGUUUCGGCUGCGAGUAUUUCUCUCAGUAUGAGGAGCAAGGUGUGGGAAUUCAGUGGCACAACCUCCAAUCCAGCCCAGUGGAAGGAGACUCGUACAGCUUCACUACCUCGAUAGUCAUGCUAUAUGUGGACGCCUUGAUCUAUGCCCUCAGUGCCUGGUAUAUCGAAGCAGUGUUUCCUGGUGAAUAUGGGAUACCCAGGCCCUGGUAUUUUAUCUUCCAGCUGAAUUAUUGGGGUGGCAUUCCUCUGGAGGCAGGCAUGCCAAUCCCCCCUGCACCUACAGAGCAGGAUGAAGAUCACAUUGAACCAGAGCCCAACAACUUGACCCUGGGUGUGAGUAUCCGAAACCUAGUGAAAAUCUACAAGAAAGGAGCCAAACUGGCCGUCAAUCAUCUUAAUCUGAAGUUCUACGAGGGACAGAUCACCUCCUUCCUUGGCCACAAUGGAGCCGGAAAAACAACAACCAUAUCUGUCCUGACCGGCCUGUUCCCACCAACCUCGGGCACGGUGUACAUACAGGGGAUGGACAUCCGCCAUGACAUGGACCUCAUCAGGAGAACGCUGGGAGUUUGUCCACAACACAAUGUCCUGUUUGACAUACUAACAGUAGAGGAGCAUGUGUGGUUUUAUGGCUGUAUGAAAGGUUUGUCAGAAGAAGAGGUGAAAGCUGAGCUUGACACUCUGUUGGCUGAUGUCGGCCUGCUGCACAAACGCCACGAACAAACCAAAAACCUCUCUGGUGGCAUGCAGAGGAAGCUGUCUGUGGCAAUAGCAUUUGUUGGAGGCUCUAAGGUGGUUGUUCUGGAUGAACCGACAGCCGGGGUGGAUCCUUACUCUCGAAGAGGAAUCUGGGAUCUUCUGCUCAAAUAUCGCAAAGACCGGACCAUCAUCCUGUCCACCCAUUACAUGGACGAGGCAGAGCUACUAGGCGACCGGAUCGCCAUCAUCUCUCAGGGAAAGCUGUGCUGCUAUGGCUCACCACUCUUCUUGAAAUCCCGCCUUGGAUCAGGCUACUACCUCACUGUGGUGAAGAAGGAGGGACUGGACACCAGCACUCUCAGCAGCACCAGUAUCUGCACCAGCACCAGCACCAGCACCAACAAGCUACCUCCUCUCAAGCACAGUGAAUCAUCCAUGAGUGAGGACACCGGGCUGGGAAGUGAGGAGAGCAGCCUAUACCUGGCAGCGUUGCUAGCCCUGGCACAUCACCACAUACCUGGUGUGAGGCUGGUGGAAGAGUCAGGCCGCGAGGCCGUGAUAAACCUGCCGCAGACGGCUGCCAUGGACAGCAGCCUGGCCGUCUUCCUGUCAGAACUGGAUCAGAGGCUGAAUGAGUUGGGCAUCAGCAGCUACGGCCUUUCAGACAGCACACUGGAGGAGAUCUUUUUGCGGGUUGCGGAGGAAACAGGCGUGGAUGCUGAAACAGAGUCACAGGCUGAAUCUUCCCAAAGACUGCAGGAGUCAGCUGGGCAGAGUGCAGAGAGGCAAAAUGCUGAAGAACCAGAGACAGGAAGGAAAAGGCUUCGUAAGCAAGAACCUCAAGAGACAGACCUGCUGAGUGGAGAAAGCCGAGGUGGGAUCCCCCUGACCGGUUGGUGGCUGACCUGGCAGCAGCUGAAGGCUCUUUUCAUCAAACGCUGGCUUUAUGCACGAAGAAGCCGCAGGGGCUUCUUCGCUCAGAUUGUGUUGCCUGCUGUGUUCGUGCUGAUCGCUCUGCUCUUCAGCCUCAUUGUUCCUCCCUUUGGGAAGUAUCCUGCCCUGCAACUGCAGCCCUGGAUGUACGGAGAACAGUACACCUUCUUCAGUCAUGACAGACCGGGUAAUCCUGCCAUGGAGAAUCUGCUCGAAGCCUUGUUGGACCAGCCAGGUUUUGGUACCAAGUGCAUGGAGAAAGAGGAAGGAGACAAUAGCAUGAAUCCUCAAUGUGAAGGCGAGAGGGCGGGUCCAUUAAUGCGGCCACAGGUCUUACUCUCCACCUGGCAGAUGUUCAGCAGAGGCAACUGGAGCAAAGCCAAACCCUCCCCUGAUUGUCAGUGUAGCACAGAGGAUGUCCGCAGGAUGCUCCCUGACUGCCCGCAGGGUGCCGGUGGUCUGCCGCCUCCACAGAUCAAGAGGCUGACUGGAGACGUCCUCCAAAAUCUGACAAGUUAUAACAUAAGUGAUUACCUGGUGAAAACCUACUCUCAGAUCCUCAAGAAAAGCCUAAAAACCAAGAAAUGGGUGAACGAGUUCAGAUACGGAGGAUUUUCCCUUGGAGGCAGCGCCACGCAGACUUUAUCUCAGGUCAACCACGUCCAAGACUCUGUCAUGGCAAUCAGGACUCAGUACAGAGUUCCACAGAAUAGUUCACUUGAUCAUCUGCUGGAAAGACUGCCGGGUUUUCUAGAAGGACUGAACAGUAAAGACAAUGUCAAGGUGUGGUACAACAACAAAGGAUGGCAUGCCAUGGUGUCAUUUGUCAACGUGAUAAACAAUGGCCUGCUGAGAGCGAGUCUGCCACCGGGUCCAGAGAGGAGGAAACACGGCAUCACUGCCUACAACCAUCCACUCAACCUCACCAAGGAACAACUCACUGAAAUGGCAAUGAUGACUACAUCUGUGGAUGUUCUGGUUUCCAUCUGUGUGAUCUUUGCCAUGUCCUUUGUGCCGGCCAGCUUCAUCCUGUUUCUGAUCGAGGAGCGAGUCAGCAAAGCCAAACACCUGCAGUUUGUCAGUGGAGUCAAACCCAUCCUCUACUGGCUGGCCAACUUCACCUGGGACAUGUUGAACUACACCGUCCCGGCCACCAUGGUGGUGCUGAUCUUCAUCAGUUUCCAGCAGCAAUCAUACGUCUCAGAAACCAACCUGCCCGCUCUCGUCCUGCUCCUCCUGUUCUAUGGGUGGUCCAUCACACCUCUGAUGUACCCAGCAUCCUUUCUGUUCAGCGUCCCCAGCACAGCCUACGUGGUUCUGACCUCCAUCAACCUCUUCAUCGGAAUCAACGGCAGCAUCGCCACUUUUGUCCUGGAGCUUUUUGUUGACGAGCACCUAAACGAGGUGAACAGGAUCUUGAAGAAGGUGUUUCUCAUCUUUCCUCACUUCUGCCUGGGACGAGGUCUCAUUGACAUGGCCAAAAACCAAGCCAUGGCAGAUGCCUUUCAGAGACUGGGCACAAAGCAGACUCUGGACCCUCUCCAGUGGGACUUUGUAGGGAAGAACCUUUUUGCUAUGGCAGCUGAAGGAGUGAUCUUCUUCAUCUUCACCAUACUGCUGCAGUACAAGUUCUUCUUCAGCUUUAAGCCCUGGUGGGCUGAGCCUGAGGUACCUCCGCUUGGUCCUGAGGAUGAGGAUGUGGCUAGGGAGAGAGAGAGGGUCAAAAGUGGGAAAGCACAGUCAGACAUCCUCACCAUGAUCGACCUGAGCAAGGUUUAUAAAGCGGGCAGGAAGCCGGCAGUGAAUCGCCUCUGCCUUGGGAUUCCCCGUGGAGAGUGUUUUGGCUUGCUGGGGGUGAACGGAGCAGGAAAGACCUCUACCUUUCGCAUGCUGACUGGAGACACUGCUAUCACCUACGGCGAGGCUUUCCUUAAUCACUACAGUGUGCUGACAGAGAUGGAGCGAGUCCACCAGCUGAUGGGUUAUUGCCCACAGUUUGAUGCAAUCAGCGACCUGCUGACGGGUCGGGAACAUCUGGAGCUGUUUGCACGCCUGCGGGGGGUGCCAGAGGAGUCUGUCGCCAAGGUGGCACAGUGGGGGGUGAAGAAGCUGGGACUGAGCCAGUAUGCAGAGCGGGAGGCCGGAGGCUACAGCGGAGGGAACAAGAGAAAACUCUCCACUGCCAUCUCCCUCAUCGGGGCUCCACCUGUCAUAUUCUUGGACGAGCCCACCACUGGCAUGGACCCAAAAGCCAAAAGGUUUCUGUGGAACUGCAUCCUUAGCGUAACCAAAGAGGGAAGAGCUGUAGUUCUCACCUCCCACAGUAUGGAGGAAUGUGAGGCCCUCUGCACCAGAAUGGCCAUCAUGGUGAAUGGCAGAUUUCAGUGCCUCGGAUCCGUACAACAUUUAAAGAACAGGUUUGGGGAUGGCUACACCAUCAUCCUGCGUCUGCUGAAUGGUAAUUCUGACCCUGACUCGUGCCCUGUCGACGCCUAUUUGAGGAAAGCUUUUCCUAGUGCUGAGCUGAAGGAGCGUCACCAGAACGUGCUGCAGUACCAGCUUCCCGCACACGCCUGCUGCCUCGCUCAAAUCUUUGAUGUGCUAGCCAACAACCACGAGGAGCUGGGCGUCCUCGACUUCUCUGUUUCACAGACCACUCUUGACCAGGUGUUUGUCAACUUUGCCAAGGAGCAAACUGACGAUGACGGCCUCACAGAAGUCAUCGUUGGUAACAGCACAGUUCAGAUCAACCAGACUAUGAUGCCCUCAAGGAUUAACACUCCCGCCAUCCAACCAGAGCCGCCAAUCCCGUCCCCUCAGCCGAGCAAGAAGCAACAAAAGCAAGGUAAAUCAUCUGAAAGCAAACCAAAAGAGGGUAACUCAAAAAAGGCAAAAACAACCAAGGCCAAAGCCAAGGAAGGCAGAGCUAACGGAGAAAAAAGCAGCAGUACAGCGAUGACCAGAAUACCUCAGACCAGCCGGAGGGGCAGCAUUGAAUCAAACAGCAGUAACGGUGAUAUUGUGGGAGAAUCCAGUAAAUCCAGUAGAUCCAAACACAGAGCAGAGAGCUCCACUAAAGAUCCAUCUGCACUCUUUAUUGUGGACGGCAGCACACAGGACAGCUCAAUGUGAAAUGAAUGGGUACAAAAAGAGCAGAAGAGGCAGGUUUAAAGGACCAACUACAGUCAAAAGGCUUUUAUACACAAUAUGUUCAUUUGAAGAUUGCGCAAUGUUGGCAGUGAUCUCAAUAUGCAAUUUGGAUCAGUACAGGUCAUGGGAGUAAUAAGUUGUUAUGAUGGACUUUAAAAGUAUUACUGUUGAAACUGAGUAAUUAAAGGUAAAUUCAUCUUAAGAAAGAACCAAAAGUUAUUGCUUCCUCAUAUGGCUUUGGUGCCUUGUUCACCUCGCUUACAGAUCUAUAGCUUUAAACCCUUUAUUUGGGUUUCUAUAUCUUACACUGUGUCUUCUCUGUCUGUCUUCUCAUCAGUUCAAAGUGAUGGUUUAUUUAUCCAGAAAGAAAAUUAUGCAAGAUGCAAUCUUAAAAUAACAAGGUUUGGUGAUCCUCAGGGCCCAAUCAUAAGACCCAUGACAAUCUUGUAUUUAUUUUGCAGAAAGCACUUUAAAAAGGAAAAUGCUGCAAUUAAUAAUAAAAUGAAUCAACAUUCUAUGUAUGGUUAUGUAACAUUAUACAGAAUCUCUUGUGUGGAAAGUAUUUUUCCUGCAUGUUUGUUGUUAAAUAUCUCUUAAAUGUUUAAUAUUGAACUUUACAAUUGUUAUUGUUUUGUAUAUCAAGAACAUGCUUUGACUUUUGUCUGUAUUUUUUUUAUGAAGUGUUAUUUGUCAUUUGGCACAGUUUCACUGUCCAAACAGGGUUUAGCAGGAUUAGGGGUUUUUAUGGUCAUUUAAUUUUUUGUAAUAACUAAGUCAUGUUUGGAUUUUUCACCUUACACAUAUAUUUGACACUGGGGCUUCCUGCAGAGCCAUUGUAAUGUCUGAGAAGUAAUUUGAUUAUAAUUAGAAUAUUUUCAGGAAAUAAAAUUGAAAGUCCAGAUACACAGAUGAGACUUUCUACAUAACAUAUCAUUAUAAAGAUCAAUCAUCAGUCUGAAUUGUAAACACUAAAUGCAACAACAUUGCAUUGUCAAUGGCUGUUUAUAAUUUGAAGGUUUUUCUUUUUUAUUAAACUCUGUAUUUCGUUUUUUUGGACUUUUAAAAUAGUCACGGCUAAUUGAAUGUCCAAAGCAGGUGAUCACUGUACUGUAAGCCGUGUUACUUAUUCAAAGAUUGUUACAACAGUAACUAUAGGUUUGAGACCAGAGUAUCAAAAGAGUUCAGUUUUAAAAAUGCUAACUAUUUAAGUUUAACUGGUAAAGUUUAACGUAAAAAUGUUGAAAGUGAUGAAUUAAUGCGAGAUCAUUGAGUUGGAUUUAAACAGUGAUUUUUUUCAUUUUGGAAUGAAAGCCUGUUCUACUGAAUGUACUUUUAUUAUGCUUGAAAUGUAAUACUUGAACAUAAAUGUAGCCGUGCAUCUGCUGAAGGAUGUGCAUUAUGUAGAGAAAAUAUGCUAGCUAAGGUAAACAGAAGUAUACAAACUGAAUGUCUGUCUGAAAGUUUUGUCCUGAAGGAAAUAAAACUGUCAUGUCUUGA